AUGCCGCCAUUCCAGAAAAUAUGCCAGGAAUUGGCGAGAUUGCCUGUCGAGCUCGCCUACCAAAUCAUUUGCGACCUCAAAGUCUGGGAUGUCCUCAAGCUGCUGUGGUACGAUGACCCCAAACUCACUGCCGUUGUGUCGUCGCACCCCCAAUGCCGCAGUUUGCUGGGAGAGGACGAUGAGACCUUUUCGCAGACACGACAGAUCGUAAAAUGCUACUUUGCCAUGUACGUCAAAGCAGGGCUCCCAUUCAAGCCUGCGGGGGACGGAUAUUUAUCUUGGGGCAUUGAUGUCUUGCUGGCACAUAAACUGGGAGAACCGGCACGCAAAGUUAUUAUGAAGGAAUUGAGAGAGCCUAUCCAGUCCUUUCUGCACACCCAGAUAUACGCAAUGGACCUGGAGCGCUAUCUUGAUCGCGCGGCUUUCCCUCAUGGAAUGCCAAAACUGUAUACUUGCGACACAGUGCAAGACCUGGGAGAGUGCAUGGACGCUGUCUUGCAAGCAAAGAAAGCCCUUUUCAAGCAAUCCUCCGACCAAUUGCAAUGGGCAGCUUCCCUGAUGGAGCAGAACCCCGAUCUUCUGAAGCGAACGUUGGAUCCGGAGCAAAAGCAGCGCCUAAAUACAGCACACAUCGUAUCCCGGAUGCGACAGAAAGCCAACCGCUUCAGAAAGUGUGAUGUCAAACACUUCAUCGGUAGCGAAUACUUUGCCUUCUAUUUUUUCCCAGUCAGCCCCUUUGAUACUUCAUUGGCGAAGUUGCUGCGGUGGAUGGAGAAGUAUGGGCUCAAUGCGCGAAUGGAUGAUGGCACGAAAAAUGCACACCCGCCAUCCAUUGAGACGCAUGCCAAUAUUGUGAUGGAAGGAAUGCCUCAUUUCUUUACAGAAUUUCCUCCUGCACAGCGUUCGGUAACAAAUGACAAAGGUGGCGUGCUACGAACAGUCCACCCCGAAACAGAUUCUGGCUCACGGGAGCUGUUCUUCACGGUUCACAGGAUAGCAUCAGCUCAGGAGUUUAGGCUGCCAGUGAGAAAACUGGCCCGCGAACCCAAUGACGAGAGAGAGCAAGUUUGGCUGGCAUCAUUUGUUGCCCUCUAUCGGUACUUGGAGAUGUUAGAGAAGACCUCACGCUAG